GAGAUGUCGCUGCACCGACUAACUGAAUUUAUUCUCAUACUUCCUGUUCAUUAAUUAGCAUCCCCAAUCGAAAUAUUAAGAAUAAACAAAGUCUGAAUCCAAGCAAGAGACAACAAAACCAGAAACAACGUCUGAAACCAAGCCGGAGACGAAACCUGAACCUCAGAAGCCUAAACAUAUGAGGAGAGUGUCCAGUGCAGGGCUUAGAACUGAGUCAGUGUUGCAGAGGAAAACUGAAAACUUUAAAGAGUUCUAUUCAUUGGGAAGGAAACUUGGACAAGGCCAAUUUGGGACGACGUUUUUAUGCCUUGAGAAAGGUACGGGGAACGAGUAUGCGUGUACGUCGAUUUCCAAGAGGAAGCUUUUGACGGAUGAGGACGUUGAAGAUGUGAGAAGGGAGAUUCAGAUAAUGCAUCACUUGGCUGGUCAUCCAAAUGUUAUAUCUAUUAAAGGCGCUUAUGAGGAUGUUGCUGCGGUACACCUUGUGAUGGAGUUGUGUUCGGGUGGCGAGCUUUUUGAUAGAAUUAUUCAACGUGGACAUUACACUGAGAGGAAAGCUGCUGAGCUUGCGAGAACCAUUGUUGGGGUUUUAGAGGCUUGUCACUCUCUUGGUGUUAUGCAUCGAGACCUCAAGCCCGAGAAUUUUCUAUUCGUUAGUAAAGAGGAAGAUUCCCUCUUGAAAACGAUCGACUUUGGACUCUCAAUGUUCUUUAAGCCAGAUGAGGUUUUUACAGAUGUUGUUGGUAGUCCGUAUUAUGUAGCUCCAGAAGUUCUUAGAAAGCGUUAUGGUCCUGAAUCAGAUGUGUGGAGUGCUGGUGUGAUUGUUUACAUUUUGUUAAGCGGAGUUCCUCCUUUUUGGGCCGAAACCGAACAAGGUAUUUUCGAGCAGGUCCUUCAUGGAGAUCUUGACUUUUCAUCUGAUCCAUGGCCAAGCAUCUCUGAAAGUGCAAAAGACUUGGUGAGGAAAAUGCUUGUUCGGGACCCCACGCGAAGACUAACCGCACAUCAAGUAUUAUGUCAUCCAUGGGUACAGAUUGACGGUGUGGCUCCAGAUAAACCUCUGGACUCUGCUGUUCUGAGCCGUAUGAAGCAAUUUUCUGCAAUGAACAAGUUCAAGAAAAUGGCUCUUAGAUGGUCAGAUAACUUUUGAAGAACUGAAAGCAGGACUAAAACGAGUUGGUGCCAAUCUCAAAGAGUCAGAAAUUCUUGAUCUAAUGCAAGCUGUAAAAUUGACGCCGUUGAGAAGCUGAGUAAGUUUGAAGAGGAGAAUUCUCUAAUCUGGUGGCCACCGGAAUCGGUUCUCGAGCUUGCUCGUCUCGCUGUUGACUCCGGUGGUGAUCCCGGUUCAAUUCAGCGAACUCUCGAUCCCAAAAUGAUCCCGGUUUGUCUCCAAUUUGAUGGUUUGAUUUGGUUAUUGGUAAGCUUGAGAUUAGCUUGGCUGAACACCAAUAGGGGCAAGAAAAGAGGAAUCAAAUUGAAAGAGAAAUUGAAUGUUGUUGCGGCAGCUAAUGCGUAUUGGAGGAAGAACUUAGCAUUGUGAGAGAGUGAUCUUAUUGAUUUAGUGGUGUUGCAUGAACUUAGCAUGUAAGAAUUGAGGUCUGUCUUGGUUUUUAGUGGUGAAAGGUGUUCAAAAACCAGUGACUUGUGUCGUGUAGGAUUUAGAUUCUAGGAGGAUUGGUUUGGAAUUGGAUAUGUUCAUUAUACAUGUAGCCAUCUUUCUGCAGGGUGGAUUAGGUUGAAAAAAGAAGAAGCAAGUUUUAGUGUUGUUCACAUGAUAAAUGUAGUAACCGGUGCUUGAGGAAGAACAGGAAGAUGUGGUAACAUUAAGCAGAACACUUAUUCUUGUUUUACAAAGACACAAACAACACUUCUUGUUUUACAAAACACAACAUUUUUUCUUGUUUUCCAAGCUUGGAAGUGAUGAGUUAUAUAUUGAAAUCUCUACUUCUUGUUGAUUGACUGAUCGAGCUACUUUUAAAACAUUGAAACAUUGUUGCAGGAUGGGUGAAUAGACUACAACUAGUUUGUGGUAAUGAUGCAGAGAGCAUAAUGGGAGGACCUGUGAAGAUGGGUUUAGCGAACAGCAUUAGCAUUUCUCUGAAACAUUAGUUUUCAGAUUACAAAUCCAAAAUCAACAAGAGCUUCUUCCAUUGUUUUAUAUAUGAAAUAUAUGAGUCGAUGAUCAUGAAUUUUAAAGAACCCCUAACGAAAGUUUUACCAUUGGAGGAGGAAAAGAUUUUGUAUUUCAAUAGAAGCUCUUAACUUUAAAUUAUGCAAAAUUUAUGUUUAAAAAAUUUGUGAGAGCCUCCACAUGGUUCUUACCAUUGGAGAUGUUCGUCAUUUUAUAGCAGAGGUAAAAAAAGCUAUUUUAAAACCAUUAUUGGUGUUUGAUCUUAUUAUGGUGUUGUGAUCUGAUUGAUGAUGCUAAUGAACAGGAAGUAUAAGAAUAAACCGAGCUUCCUUUUUUUGUUUA